GCGGGGCGGAGCGGUGCCCGUGUGGGGCGCGGCGCGGCGGCUCCCCCCGGCGGCGGGGCGGGCGCGGUGGUGCGAUGGCGGAGGUGGGCGCUCACCUCACGGCCGCCCCGGCCGGCGGGGACAGGCCGUCUGUGUUCGAAGCGGUGGCCCAGGACAGCCUGAUGGCCGCCGUGAAACCCGCCCUGCAGCACCUGGUCAAGGUGCUUGCUGAGUCCAACCCUGCCCGGUACGGCUCCGUGUGGCACUGGUUUGAUGAGAUCUACGUCCUUCUGGAUCUGCUGCUCCAGCAGCACUACCUGGCCAGGUGCAGCGCCUCCUUCUCCGAGAACUUCUAUAGCUUGAAGAGGAUCCCGAUGGGAGAGGGCACACGGCAGGCCCUGGCCACGGCUGGCCUGCCAAAGAGGCAGCACUGGAAAUCUCUGCUCCUGCUGGUUCUUGUUCCUUAUCUGAAAGGAAAGCUGGAGAAACUGGUGUCCAGCCUGAGGGAGGAGGAUGAGUACUCCAUCCACCCUCCAUCGUCAUCCUGGAAGCGCUUCUACAGAGCCUUUCUAGCUGCCUACCCCUUUGUAAACUUGACCUGGGAGGGCUGGUUUCUUAUCCAGCAGCUGUGCUACAUCCUCGGGAAAGCUCAGCAUCAUUCCCCCUUGCUGAGGCUGGCUGGGGUCCGCCUGGUCAGGCUGACUGCGGAGGACAUCCAGGCCCUGGAGAAGAAAUUGUCUGGAGCCACCUCAAGUCAGACACACAGCUUUACAUCACGAGUGCAGCUGGCACUGAGAAAAGCUCUGGGUGGCAUCGCCUUCUCCCUCUCCACCGGGCUGUCCGUCAGCGUGUUCUUCCUCCAGUUCCUGGACUGGUGGUACUCCUCAGAGAACCAGGAGACCAUCAAGUCUCUGACAGCUCUCCCAACUCCUCCACCUCCUGUGCACCUGGACCACGAGCCCAGCUCAGCUCUGCUGCCCAAACUGAAGACCGUGUGCCCCCUGUGCCGCAAGAUCCGCGUGAACGCCACGGCCCUGUCCACGUCCGGCUUCGUGUUCUGCUACCGCUGCAUCUACAGCCAUGUGAAGGCUCACCAGCGCUGCCCUGUCACAGGCUAUGCCACAGAGCUGCAGCACCUUGUCAAACUGUACUCCCCUGAGAGCUGAAAGGAUGCUGGGAGCCUCCAUCACCCCUUCUUACAUCCCAGGAAUUCCGGCCGCUGCAGCUCCUCAGUGAGCUCUGCAGCUCCUUUGAAUUUGGUGGUCCAUCAGUUUUGCUGCCUCUGUGCCUUCUGGCAAGGCUCUCCCCUUUGUUGAUAAGCUGUUCCAACAUCCUGUGGCAGUUCCAGAGGGAUCAGGCAGCCCCAGUCUGUCAGACAGUACAGAAAUGCCUUCAAAGACCAGCUGAAAGGGAAGGAACAUUGAUUUGGAUAAGAAGAAUGCAGAUGUGAGGAUCAGAGACCAGCACUGGUAAAAGUCCUGCCCGAGGGCACGAGCCAGCAAAUUAAAGAGGUAGGGAAAUUCUCUAGGAGAGUUUUUCUUCCCUUAGCAGCUUCCCAGGCCGAGCUCUGGCACUGGGGCUUGUCAGAGGUGGAGAUGAGCUUAAACCUCUGCUCUGGUCAUGCUGCCCUUCAGCCUCCUGCAUUUUCAGGCUACUCACCCCUGAAUUGAGAACAUCACACCCCUAAUUGCCAUCAGUAGUUCUAAAUUAAGACUUCUGACUCGUUAAAGGAACAAAAGGUCAUGUGUACAAACAAGGAACAUUACAUUUUCUGCACAAGGGAGGAAAAUGACAAACCAGAUUAAAACAGAAGCUGCCAAAUGGUGAGAGUUGCUUUUUGUUAAAUAAGUCUUUGCAUUCGUUAUUAUCUGCUUUUAUAAAGCAAAAUUCUUUCUUGAUUGAGAACCUAACUUAAUUAUUUUCUGGUUCCAAUAGAGUUUGCUCCUCUGGGGGCUCUAUUUACAUAAGAGAGACCAGACUAAAGCUGCUUUCAUCUUUUCAUGUGAUGAUAAUGGAUGUAAGAUUAGCAUUUUGUAAGCCGAGAAUCUCUAAGUAUGACAUUGCAAAUAUUGCAGUCCCAGCCAUGUAGCAUAUUCUUAUCAAUACAAAACAUCCUUUCACUGAACACAAGAGGCAAGAAAACCUGUGUGCCAUGGCUGGUUCCUGCUUGACAGCUGCAAGGUUUUUUCCUGACUCUAGGGAGCAGCAGUGCUCCGGACAUCACAGUGACAGUGCUUACAGAACACAAGAGCAAAGUUUGCUGCACAAAGUACAAGUCCUUUCCAGAUUAAGAGAUAUCUUCAGACAUUUAAUCCACUGAACCAGGCAUCUCAUUUUCCCCCCGCUUUAGCUCUGCUUCAGAAGAUAAAAAUCUCCAAUAUCCUCCCUCACCUGUAACUAAGAUAGCAAGGUUACUGAAUAAUGGGGGAAAAUACAGUAAUUUGCAUCCUCCCAAAGAUGCUCUGGAAAACACCUAUUGUAACAAAUGAGAUUUGUCCCCGACACUUGUCUUUUUAUCUCUGUACAACUUCCAGACCCUUCUACCUGUGCCACUAUGGAAUAACAAUAAAAACUGUCUCAUUUCUCCUUUC